AUUGUACACCAGUCGCAGUGAACAAAACAGAAAAGAGCCUAGGAACACAAUUUAAUUUGCGCUUAUGAUAAAUAAUUGUUCGACACACAAGUAUGCUGAAAAUGAUGAUCCUGAUAUUUGGAGCAUACAACACUGAAGAGACAGGAUGAGGCCUGAUUAUAGCAGCAGCGUUCGAGCAGGAGAAGGGAGAUCAUAUAAAACUCCUUUCUCAGUUGCAAUUCCGCACUCUUCAAGAGACUAACAUACCACAAGGAUCGUGUACUGUCUAGUCAGUUGGUUUUAAUAGUCUUAAUCAAACGCGAUUGUUUUAAAAUGUGUGACGACGAUGUGGCUGCACUAGUUGUCGACAAUGGAUCAGGCAUGUGCAAAGCAGGAUUCGCCGGAGAUGAUGCUCCAAGGGCUGUUUUUCCAUCGAUCGUUGGAAAACCUCGAUACCAGGGUAUAAUGGUUGGUAUGGGGCAAAAAGAUAGCUACGUCGGAGAUGAGGCUCAAAGUAAGAGAGGGGUACUCACGGUAAGAUAUCCUAUCGAACAUGGUAUUGUUACAAAUUGGGACGACAUGGAAAAAAUUUGGCAUCAUACAUUCUACAACGAACUCAGAAUCGCCCCAGAAGAACAUCCUGUUCUUCUCACAGAAGCCCCAUUAAAUCCGAAAACAAACCGUGAAAAAAUGACGCAGAUCAUGUUUGAAACUUUCAACUCACCAGCCAUGUACGUCGCUAUCCAAGCUGUCCUGUCUCUGUAUGCGUCAGGAAGGACCACAGGCAUAGUCUUGGAUAGCGGAGAUGGCGUAUCACAUACAGUCCCCAUUUAUGAGGGAUAUGCUCUGCCACAUGCGAUUCUACGUUUGGACCUGGCUGGGCGCGAUCUGACCGAUUAUCUGAUGAAAAUUUUGACUGAAAGAGGAUAUUCCUUUACGACAACUGCUGAACGGGAAAUCGUGAGAGAUAUUAAGGAGAAACUUUGCUACAUAGCUCUAGACUUUCAGCAGGAAAUGGCAACAGCUGCUGGAUCCAGUGCUUUAGAAAAAAGUUACGAACUGCCCGAUGGACAGGUCAUAACAAUUGGUAACGAACGUUUUCGUUGCCCAGAAGCAAUGUUCCAGCCAAGUUUCUUAGGAAUGGAGGCAUGUGGUAUUCAUGAGACUACGUAUAAUUCCAUUAUGAAGUGUGAUGUUGAUAUUCGUAAGGAUCUCUAUGCCAAUUCUGUACUGUCUGGCGGCACAACAAUGUAUCCUGGAAUCGCAGAUAGAAUGCAGAAGGAGAUCACUGCUCUGGCUCCAUCGACUAUGAAAAUAAAGAUAAUCGCACCACCAGAAAGAAAGUAUUCGGUGUGGAUUGGGGGAUCUAUUCUUGCGAGCUUGAGCACCUUCCAACAAAUGUGGAUAUCUAAACAGGAAUAUGAUGAAUCAGGCGCAUCUAUUGUACAUCGAAAAUGUUUUUAACGCUUAAUUCUUCUCGUUUCUUUU